AUGUCUUCUUGCGAGUCAUCGCAUCACAAGGAGCUACGGGAUGCGCUCCGUGCAAUUAAGAAAGAUGUUGAGGGCCUUGAAACAUAUCAACUCGAUUACAGUCAAUUGAAGACUCACCAAAUCUACGCCUCACCCAUGGAUCUGGACGAAAGCUCCAGCGUCAAGCCCAGAUUUUUCAGGCCAUGUGAUGCUUCUUUGUUGAUCCAUCCUGAUGCUACAUACGACCAGACAUGGUCAGCAUAUAGUGAAUUUGAUUCAAUCGACCCAAGUUUCAGACGCCCUAUCAACUGUGCGCGCUGGGUGAUGAGUUAUUUCUCUUCUUAUAUCGUUGCUAGUGCUAUCUGUAGCAAAGACUUCAUCCUCGACGAGUUAUGGUCCGGUGUCAGUACUAGCGAUGAGCCUUGGAGAGGCUUAUGGGAAGAUGAGUAUCCUGAGUAUGGGACCAUCAAAGCCCAUCAGGUCAAGGAUCGUUCAUCCCCGCACAUGAAAGCCAUGCUCUAUAACAAUCUGGAUGGCAAGGAUGGCGAGCUUCUGCGAGGAGAGAUCUUGGUUGCUCUUCGAUUGGUUCAUACGCAAAUGAGACGACGUUGCUUUUUCGAACAUAUGACUACCCCGGUUCUUCUUUUCUCCUUCAUGGGGCCCCAACAUGCUCGGGUCAUUGAAGCAUAUUUCAGUGGCAUCUCGUUUGUUAUGCGAACAACUCCGCUGUUUGAUCUCCGUAAGAAGGACGAGGCCUUAGUUAAAACCUUUGGGCAGUGGUACCUUGGAGAGCCGACGGGAAAUACGAAACAGCUUUUGAAGCUGUGA